AUGGUCAUCCACGAGCUCCUCUUGAAAGUUGUGGUGCUUGGGACCAUCAUAUUGGGUCCAUCCCACAAUCACGUUGCAGGGGCUGCUGAUUUAAUGGCCAAGCUAUGUCGAAGUACCUGCGGAAGCCUCUCAAUUCCAUACCCCUUUGGAUUGAGCGACAGUGAUCCCCACUGCCGCAUCAAUCGCCCAUCAUUUACUGUCUAUUGUGAUUACUCUACCAACCCUCCCACACCUUACAUGAAUGAAAAAGGUUCUAACAUUAAAAUACUCGACAUUUCUAUCAAGGAUCAGGAGCUGCGAGUUAAUGUUCCGGUCGGUCAAGAUUGCUAUUCCUCUUCUGGCUACGACAAUUCCUCGAGACCGUGGUUCGCCCAACCUGAAUUCCCCAUAUCCAGCACCAAGAACAAGUUCACUGCAGUCGGUUGCGACACGUCGGCUAAAUUCAACGGCAGCAAUGGGAAGUUCUCUUUCGGCUGUAUGUCUUCGUGCAGUGACAUUUCGGAUGUCAGCGGUGGGCCGUGUUCUGGUAUCGGUUGCUGUCAAACGAGCAUCCCUAAGAACACCUUGGGUUACGAAAUCUCUAUUUGGAGCGAUUUCAAUCAUGCCUUUGUCCUAAAAUUCAAUCCUUGCAGCUAUGCCUUUGUUGCCGAAAAUGACUUCUACAACUUCUCGGUUGAUGAUCUUUCACGGCUUAAAUUUAAUGAGUCUGCUCUAGUCCUCGACUGGGCGAUAGGGGAUCAAACAUGCGAGGAGGCCAAGAAAACCACAAGCUACAUGUGCACCAAGAACGCCAAUUGCACCAAUGCAGAAAACGGAUCUGGUUACAAGUGCAAUUGUUUAGAAGGUUACCAAGGCAAUCCUUACCUCGAGAAUGGCUGCCGUGAUAUUGAUGAGUGUGCGUAUCCAGAGAAGUACCCAUGUGAGGGAAAGUGCAAUAAUAUUGAGGGGAAUUAUACAUGUUCAUGCCCAAAGGGUUAUCAUAGCAAUAGUAGAAUGGGCGGUGGAGAUGGACAAGGAUGCACUGCUAAUCCAUCACAUUUGAUGAAGAUUUUGGUUGGUGUUGCUAUGGGCAUAAUAGGGCUGCUUUUCAGCAUAGGCUUUUUGUAUUUUGGAUACAAACAACGGAAGCUCAUCAGGCUCAAAGAACAAUAUUUCAAGAAAAAUGGUGGUUUGCUUUUGCAACAACAAUUGCAUGAACGUGAUAGAACCACAAAAACUGCGAAAAUCUUCAGUGUUGAAGAGCUAGAGAAGGCAACUGACAAUUAUGAUGAGACCAGAAUAGUUGGGCAAGGAGGUUACGGUACUGUUUACAAAGGGUUGUUGCCAGAUAAUAUGGUAGUUGCCAUUAAGAAGUCCAAGCUCAUGGACCCUAGCCAAAUCGAACAGUUCAUCAAUGAAGUCAUUGUGCUUUCUCAAAUUAAUAAUCGCAAUGUGGUCAAGCUUUUGGGAUGUUGUUUGGAAACCGAGGUGCCUUUAUUGGUUUAUGAGUACGUCAACAAUGGAACUCUCUUCGACCAUGUCCACAAUACAAACAAAUCAUCGAAGCUAUCUUGGGAGACCCGGUUGAGAAUCGCUUUGGAAACUGCCGGAGUCCUCUCAUACUUGCACUCCACAGCUUCCACUCCCAUUAUCCAUCGAGAUGUCAAGUCAGCAAACAUCCUUUUGGAUGAUAAUUACAUUGCGAAAGUCUCCGACUUUGGAGCUUCAAGAUUAGUCCCACUUGAUCAAAAACAAUUGUCGACUAUGGUUCAGGGAACAUUGGGAUACUUGGACCCUGAAUACUUCCACACAAGCCAAUUGACAGAAAAGAGUGAUGUUUAUAGCUUUGGAGUUGUACUAGCUGAGCUAUUGACAGGGAGGAAGGCGCUUUCUUUUGAUCGACCGGAAGAAGAGCGGAGCUUGGCAACGUACUUUCUUUCAUCAUUGAAAAAUGACAAAUUGUUUCAAAUUAUUGAGGAAGAUAUUGCAAAUGAAGGAAACAAUGAGCAGGUGAGGGAAGUUGCUAAUCUUGCUGAGAGAUGCUUGAAAUUAAAAGGUGAGGAGAGGCCAACCAUGAAGGAAGUAGCAAUUGAAUUGGAGGGACUCAGAGCAAUGGCUAAGCACCCAUGGGCCACUAGUAUUGAUGUGAAUCUAGAAGAGACGGUUCAUUUACUUGGAGAGAAGCCCAAUGUGUACAUGGAUAGUAUUGCGAUCACGAACACUGCAUACACGGAUAGCAUGAAAAACCAUGUCUCCAUUGACUACACUGGUUCAUCUGGUUCUUUCACGUUCAAACUUCAUAGGAAGGAGCGUUUGGGUUGCUUCUUGUUCGUUAAUAAGCGCAGCUUAUCAGGGAGCUAUAUUGUCUUUGAGUGUACCGAAGUUAAAAUGAUAUGGAAGUGCAGAUUUCUGCUUGCUCAAGGAUGUAAUGAGAGCCAUGGUCCUAUUCGUAGCUUUGAUGGUGUGUCGGGUGUCGGGGGUUCAAGGGGAGGCAUCAGCUUGGAUGCCAAGGACAGGGACGUUUUUGAUAGGGAAGUGUUUGACCUUGGGUUCGAUCCCGAGUUGAUCACCAAGCUGGAGCCAUGGAUUCUGAAGCCCAUAAAGGGUUAA